AUGUCACUCCUCGCGCUUCCUUCCGAGGUGAUCCUCGACAUAGCAGACACCGUCCCUCCUCUCCGCGACAUCAGCGCCCUUAGUCGCUCCAACCGCCACCUGCAUCGACUUUUAACCCCGUAUCUCUACCAGCAAGCCCUCACGCGAAACGACGGCGAGAUCUUCAUUGCCUCCCUCGAGCGGGACUCGUACGGCCUGGCCCAGCGCCUCAUCCGCGAGGCAUCCCGCCUGCAGUUCUCCUGGACUGCGUUUAGAGCCCGCUGGAAAAAGUAUGAGAACUAUAAAGCCCUGCGGGCUCUCGAAGCAAGAGAGCAAAAUUACGACAUUAAUCAGGACGGUCCCUUCAAUGGAUACGAGCUCCUCUCGACCGCCAUUGACUUUCGCGACAGGACCUGUGUCGAAGUCUUGCUGGAUUGGAAAGGGGAGGAGCUCGCCUCUAAUGCCAUGGCCAAGGGGCACGAUUAUGUCCUGAGGGCGGCGGGUUGCGGAUACGUUGAGAUCCUGCAGCUUCUCAUCAACCGCGGCUUUCCCCUGGACUGUAUUGUGCAUACCUGGACCCCGUUGUUUGCGGCGGUCUAUAACGGCCGAGUUCCCGCAGUCAAGCUGCUCUUGGAAGCUGGCGCCUCCGUUCACCAGAAGGAUAAGAAAAUGGACUGGACGCCGCUGGCGUGGGCGCUCGACCCCGGCGCCAUGAACCGCGACAAACAGUGCUACUGCUGCCGCUUCAACUACUUCUACCGCCCCGAUGGACAGGAAGAAAUGGUCGACCUCUUGCUGAAGCAUGGAAGCGAUGCGAACUUCCGCGACCGAGAGGGCACGACCCUGCUGCAGCUAGCCAACAAUACAUACUCGGGGACGGUGGUGAAGCCGCUUCUCGAGGCGGGCGCUGACCUAUCCGCUCAGGACGAGGAGGUCCGCCACACGGUGUUUUUGCGCGCGUGUUCGGACAAGGACCAAGGUCUGGUGGCCUACCUGCUGGACAGGUAUCGCCAUGACAUUCUCUCCGUCCAGUCGCAUCACUGGAAGGGACGUCCGUACGGAGUGUAUUCUCCGGGACUCAUGCACGGAGUAGUCUCCGGUGACUAUGAUCUGGUCAAGACGAUGCUGGAGUGGAGAGCGGAUCCGAACUUCGUCGACGAGACGGGAGAUACGCCCCUCAUCCACGCUCUGCGAUCGAAUACCGCUGAUGUGGCGCGCAUUGCUCGAGUGCUUCUCAGUUACGACGCAGAUCCGAAUGCGGUCAACAACGACUCCGAGACGCCCCUGCAACUUGCCAUGGCGAACAAGAACCACGUCGUUGUGGACGCCCUGCUCGACAGCGGCGUAGAUCUGACGUCCUGCAACGAUACUCUGGCCAUGACGAAGAUAUUGCAGGUGGCGCUCACCACUGGCCGUUCGGACAUUGCCCAGCUACUCCUCACGCGAAGUAUGCUUCCGGAGACUCCUGUCGCGAUACUCGACGAUCCUUGCACGACGUUCUGGCCGGAAAAUCCGACUAUGUAUGGUCUCGGCCGAGACCGACAGAUUGCUACUUGA